AAGGCAGCGCAGGGUCUGGGCGGAGCGUGAGCCGCUGCCACUCUCUCGGGACCGCGGUCCGUGAUACAGCAGUGCAGCCAUGGCAGAACCGCAGCCCGCCUCUGGCGGCCUAACCGACCAGGCUGCCUUCAGUUGCUGCUCGGAUCCGGACCCCAGCACCAAGGAUUUUCUGUUGCAGCAGACCAUGCUGAGAAUUAAGGAUCCUAAAAAGUCUUUGGAUUUUUAUACCCGAGUUCUUGGAAUGACGCUACUCCAAAAAUUAGAUUUCCCUACUAUGAAAUUUUCACUCUAUUUCUUGGCUUAUGAGGACAAAAACGACAUCCCAAAAGAUAAAGAUGAAAAGGUAGCGUGGGUGUUCUCCAGAAAAGCUACGCUUGAACUGACACACAAUUGGGGCACUGAAGACGAUGAGAGCCAGAGUUACCACAGUGGCAAUUCAGACCCCCGAGGAUUUGGUCAUAUCGGAAUUGCUGUUCCUGAUGUAAUCAGUGCUUGUAAAAGAUUUGAAGAACUGGGAGUCAAGUUUGUGAAGAAACCUGAUGAUGGUAAAAUGAAAGGCCUGGCAUUUAUUCAAGAUCCCGAUGGCUACUGGAUUGAAAUUUUGAAUCCUAACAAAAUGAUGACUAUCAUUUAGUUCUGUGAGAAGACUACUUUGAGAUUUCAGUGACACCUGUGGGAGGUAAACAUGGGAAGCAGGAGUUACCUGAAUAUUGGCGAUAUUCAGGUAACAGAAGCGCCUAGGACUGAUGGUUUGUUAUCCCAAGUUCAAAUUACUCUCAAGUCCGUUUCCCUUCUCCUGCAGCUGUGGUUUUCACCAACCUAGUCAGUCGCUGUAGUUUUCAAGUAGUGUUCUGUCUCAUGUCCUUGAAUGUGGUUGUGUAACAUUACUUUUUUAGAUAAGUUAGAACAUUUCCCUUCAGAGGCUGAAUUUGCCUUCUCCCUUCUAACUGACUUCUCUACAAGUCUGCCUUUGAAUCAUCAUUUUCAAAAAACAAAACAUGUAACUUGUUUUUGAUGUGGUCACACCUUUUGGGGUUUCAGUUCCUCAGAAAUCACAGUGGAAAGUAAAGAACACUGAACAAAAAUGAAACUUGAUGUGUACUUCAAAUAGUAUCAAGUGUCUCUUUUACAAAAGAGAAGACACUCUUGGGAGCAAGUCAGAAUCAUGCUGAUGAGGAUGCUGACAGAAAAACUAGUUUCUUCUUAUGUGUAAAGUACUUUCAAAGUUCAAGGACUAACCGCUUUAUUUUGGGAUAGGGAGGAGGGCAGGAGUAUUAUUUCCGGGGUAUGCAGACACCGGAUUAGGCUGUCACAUACUUUAUCUCAUUUAAUCCUCCCAACUAGCCUGUGAGAAAGAAAACAGGCUAGACAUGUCAAAUAAAUGGAAUGAAUCGAAGGCAAUACAAAUAGGCUCAAGCACUCAAGAUUUCAUCCUCAUUUUUAGCAUUUAGAUUACACCUCAUAAAUUAGUACCUCACAAUACGUCCUCCAUAGCCUCCUGUCAUGAAAACCUGCGGUGAGUUAGCACGAUCCUCUCAGCAAUCCGGCCUGAUGCCUCGGUGGGGGGAGGGAGUCUGUACACACAGGUAUUCUCGUGUGAGGGGUGCUUGGAUUGCUUGUGAAGAGCCUCUACCCCAAGGCCUUCCAGAUGCUAGUAAUCAUUUAGAAUGAAUUAUGAUCAGUGGUAAUGUAACUUGAUUAUCACAAAUCAGCUCAGUGGUCUUCCCUGCCAUGAUUGACAUUUGAUGGAUUUUGAAAAAGCAAACUAUUUCGAAAAUCUCUUAAGGCCCAGAGCAGCAGAAGAGCCAGCGAGCGUGUGACACAGUGAGGUUUUCCGCAGACUCUAGAGGGAGGUUUGGGGGGCUCGCCCUGGACUUGCACUGCUGGGAGCGCUGGACGUUUCCUUUCGAGGCGGAAUGGAUUUACGUGAGCAACUCAAACAAAUAGCAGUACUUACAGACUGAAAUAAAGAUUUAAAUGAGACUUUAAUUUGUAAACUGUCCAACCUGUUCUUUCUUAGAAGAAAAAGGCUGCCCUUAGGGAGUACUGCAAGGAUUUGCAGCCUGGGAAUAGAUGCAGUUCUUUAUAUCCUGCAAAGCUGAUUCUUUCUGUGGGUAAGGAGCUGCGGGAAAGGUGAGAAGAGAAAGUAAGGAAUAAAGGGCUGAGGGAGAAAAGGCACAGAGAAGAACAACCACCUGUCAAAAGGUGGGAACCAACGACCAGUUUCAUGUGUUAGGUAUGGAAUUAUCAAAUGGGAGGGUUAUUGGAUGAAUAAAUUCAGUCAUUUAACCCUUAUUUCCACAGAAGAAGCCUUCUGUACUUGCUAAGUAAAAUCUGUCAAAGGACAGCACUUGCUUAUUCCUUAAAUUCAUCCUUAUAUGCACUGAAAAGAGAUCUGUUGUGUCACCAGGCUUUGCUAGGAAUUAGGACAGUUUAUUUACUUCCAAAUUAACUUACCUGAGAAGUGGCGAUAUGAAACGGUGACCCCAAAGAAGUUUUCCAUGGGUGGUUUGAAGUAGAACCGAUGGCUGAGUCAUUUACAGCUUCCCUCCAUAGCAUUCUGACCAGGAUUGCGUACAGCGUGCAUAAAUAUUUCUUAGUAACACAACUACCUGUGAAGAGGGUUAUAUCAGUAAGGAUGCUUGCUGCUCGCAAUGAGACCUAACUUUAUCAAAUGUAACAAGCACUUCAGAGAUUCUGGAAUGGGUUGGUAGAGGGUUCAGAGAUACCAAGAACUUCAGUUUCCUUCCAUCUUUCCCGGCCUUCCAGCGGUUUCUUUUUGGGCUAAUAAGCUCAUGAUCAAAGAUGUCUGCCAUGAUUCCAGGGGUGAUGUAUAAACCAACAAUGUCCAGUGAAAGAAAAUAACCUUUUGUUCCUCAGCAGAUUUCCUCAUGUCUCCAUCAGAACUGGGUCACUUGUCUAUCUUAAUCACUGGCAAAGGGAAUGAGACACUGACUUAAAUGGAUUGUAUUUGCCCAAGCUGCCUGCCUGAGGGUAGUAAAAUUGAGACUGCCAGAACAGGGAGCCAGUAGGGGCUCCUGAGUAGGCGUACAAAGAAACGGCAAUAGUGAAAGGAACACAGGACCUAGUGGGUACAGGGCGCCGUGAGAAAUCAUAAAGCACUUCUGACUUCCAAGAGCUCUUCCAUAGUGGUUCUCGACUUAGCAACCCUUUUCAUUAUAACAUCGGAACAUAUGUCACAUCUGUCGUACCCACUCUCCUAAACUGAAAUGUAUAUAUAACUUCCUAUGUACACAGUUUCAAAAGGGUCAAUACAAUGCCUUUAUUGUAAUAUAAAAGAGGAAGGGAAUCAAUUUCUAAUAUAAUGUUUCAAUAUGUAAAUGCUCAGAUACUGCUGCACUAGAAUACAGUGUCAAAAUCAGGUGCUUACUCUUAAGUGUGGAAGAAGUAAAACUGUUCAAUAAAGUACUGUUAACACUAUUUGAUGUUUUAAAAUAAAGACUGAAUUCACGAUUCAUGAAGAGCUAUAAUGUUCCAACUUUAAGUG